AUGGCGAAACCCAUCGAGAAUCCAUGUGAAGAUGAGCCACCAGCCUUGCCUUUCCGCACUGGAGGCCCACUGGCUCGCAUCCAAGAAUAUACCAUCUUUUACUUCCUGGCCAUCUGCUCAUGGUGCCUGGAGAUCGCUGCUGCAUGUCUAGGAUCUCUGUUUGGAGCACAAAGUCAUGCCUUUAUUGGUACUAUCUCGCCUUUCCUUGCCAUGCAUUGGAUGGCAUUCCUCCAAACCUGCUGGAUGAUGGCGACCGCCCCCCGCAACACCAUCCCAGACCGGAUGGCCUAUCUCAACCUCGCUUGUAGAUUCCAACGACUCUGUGCGCCCACUGCUCUGAUCGGUAUGGUUACCUGGGCAGUUGCAUAUCGCUUCCGCGACAAAGCCUCCAGUCAGGCGUACUGGAUCAUUUUUCUGAUCGUCUGGAUUCUCAACACGGUGGUCUGCAUCAUGAAUGUUUACAACAACAUCAGCUGGGAGAGUGACCUGCUGUAUCAACUCGCUCCGGAUGAGCCUCAGGGGAACUUUUGGCUGGCGGUCCUGGGCAUUCGGUCCAUGUGUCGCGUGAAGCACAAACAUCACGAAAAUACAGAGAUGGAGCUGAAGCAAUCAGCAAACAAAAGGGUGUAA